CACUUCCGGGGCCUUAUGGAGCAAGUGCGCUUGCGCGCCGUCUCUGCUAGGCCGUGACUCAAGCCGUCGGGUUGGUUUUGAACCAAUGAAAAGUCAGCGCCUCUCUAGCCCGGACCAAUCAGCUUUCGGAUUCGAGGGUUUAACUCCUAUUUAAAAUGAAGACUUUGAAUCUUAACGGCUGAGCUCUCGGGAGGACUCGGAGGCCUCGGGUCGGUGGUGGGAGCCCAAAGGCAUCAUGGACAAAUGUAAAGAAAACUGCAUCUUGGGGCCUAAGACUACAGUUCCACUUGGUGAUGGCCCAAAACGUGUUCUGGUGACUCAGCAAUUUCCUUCUCAGAAUCCUGUGUCUGCGAACAGUGGCCAGGCUCAGCGGGUCUUGUGUCCUUCAAAUUCCUCCCAGCGUGUUCCUUCACAAGUGCAAAAGCUUGUCUCCAGCCAGAAGCCAGUACAGACCCUGAAGCAGAAGCCGGUGCAGGCCGCCAGCGCCCCUCGUCCUGGCUCCAGGCCUCUAAGUAAUACCCAGAAGAGCGAGCAGCCCCAGCCACCAGCACCUGGAAAUAAUCCUGAAAAGAAAGAGGCAUCAAAACAGAAAAAUGAAGAAUCAAAAAAAAGGCAGUGGGCGUUGGAAGAUUUUGAAAUUGGUCGCCCGCUGGGUAAAGGAAAGUUUGGUAAUGUUUAUUUGGCGAGAGAAAAACAAAGCAAGUUUAUCCUGGCUCUUAAAGUAUUAUUUAAAGCUCAGCUGGAGAAAGCAGGAGUUGAGCAUCAGCUGAGAAGAGAAGUAGAAAUACAGUCCCACCUGAGGCAUCCAAAUAUUCUCAGACUGUAUGGUUAUUUCCAUGAUGCUACCAGAGUCUACCUAAUUCUGGAAUACGCACCCCUCGGAGCUGUCUACAGAGAACUUCAGAAACUGUCAAAGUUUGAUGAGCAGAGAACUGCUACUUAUAUCACAGAAUUGGCAAAUGCCCUGUCUUACUGUCAUUCAAAGAGAGUUAUUCAUAGAGACAUUAAGCCAGAGAACCUGCUUCUUGGAUCAUCUGGAGAGCUUAAGAUCGCAGAUUUCGGGUGGUCGGUACAUGCCCCAUCCUCCAGGAGAACCACGCUCUGCGGCACCCUGGACUACUUGCCCCCUGAGAUGAUUGAAGGCCGGAUGCAUGAUGAGAAGGUGGACCUCUGGAGCCUUGGGGUGCUUUGCUAUGAAUUCCUAGUUGGGAAGCCUCCUUUUGAGGCCAGCACAUACCAAGAGACCUACAAAAGAAUAUCGCGGGUGGAAUUCACUUUCCCCGACUUUGUGCCCGAGGGGGCCAGGGACCUCAUCUCCAGACUGUUGAAGCACAAUCCCAGCCAGAGGCCAACCCUCAGAGAAGUCCUGGAACACCCCUGGAUCACGGCGAAUUCAAAACCACCCAGUAGUCAAAGAAAAGAAUCAACGAGCAAACAGUCUUAAGAAUCUUUGGGGCAGAAAUCCUCGAGCCAGGGCUGCUGAUGGCCUGCCCAGAACAGCUGCUGGCACGCCUCCCUGCUGCCUGCCCCCGAGUCGCUGCUGGAGACGCGGCGCUCGGCCUGCCAUGCAGAGCUCCACCUCCGCAGACAAGACUCUGCCGUGGGAGUAGCCACGAGGAUCAUGCUGAUUAAUAACGCCUCUGGUUAUAUAAUCAGUCCAGAGGCAAGGUUCAAGUGCAGCCGCCCUGCAGCCUGUCUUGAGUAGGUGUCCUUCUUGAAGAUGGACUCGGAGCCUGGCUGUGGGGAAUGUGGCUGUUUGGUCCCAACUUGACCCUUUGGAAAGCUGUGCAAUAACCUUCCAAGUCCCUGAGUGCGUGUAACUUAUCGGGUGGCCCAGUCUGUAAAGCUGUCAGAAUGAACAUGUGACUUUUAAAUGUUAAAAUAAAGACUUUUGUACCUUCAAGGUAUCCCUUUAGGACUGCUCUCAGUAUCUGUCUAGCACCCCCGCCGAG